AUGCUCAGCCAAAUGAAAGUUAUUGAUAAGGCGAAAUACGUAUGUGAAGUUGACCAAUACGUGGUGACUGAAGAUUACGAUCAAGCCAAUCCAAGCAUGGUAAUCUGCGAUGACGGAUUUACACUGGCUGGGAUUGAUAAGGGCUAUACUGGAGUACCAGCCGUGACAUGCAAGAGCAUUGGGAAGGUAUUGAACGAAGGUAUGGACACGUUAGGAGGAGCAUUUCUACACGAGUAUACGCACUGGCGCAAUCUGGUGGUGCCGCCGUUGGAAGAAGAAACUGACGAUCUCGAUGGUGGAUAUGGACCUUGGGAAGCUCAAGAAUGGAUUAAAAAGGAUGAAGCUAUUCAUAAUGCCGAUAACUUCAAUUGGUUUGCGUCUGAGCUGUUCUGGACUGUGCAUUGUGGUUAUGAAUUUUUACCGCCGGUGGAGCCUGAGUGCUCUAAUUCGGACUGA